CAGAAAAUUUUCUAUUUCGACGAGGUCUUAUUUGCUGAAGGCUCCUGGUACGAACCACCCUACUGCCGUGGCUACACUUUGUUUGCUGAAGAACAAAUUGAAGCAAACAAGGUGGCAAUUUGAGAAAGAGCAAAACUUCUUGAAUCACUCCGGAAGGAAAAGGAGUUCGAACGGAGAUUAUGCGAAGGAUCAGAAUUGAUGCAGAAAAUGCUGGACGACUUCCAAAGAGAGAGACUAGAAGCCGAAGCUAAAGCUGAUAAAUUAGUCAAUGAUCUCUGUAAGGCUAUUGAGCUUAAACGCUCCUUCCAAUCUCAAGAUCCACAAUUGGAGGUGCUAGUUCUAGAAGAUUCACCAAGUUCUACACCAUCACAGAAACCCGAGAGCAUAACAACUCUUGCUGGGGCUACUGUGGUGAUGUUACCCGAAUACCCUCCAAGCCAAGUCUUAACCGGCACAGUCGUACAUGAGGUGGAACCAACUGAGGAACCUGACUCAGAACCACCUAUGCUUAUUCAAGAACAGAAGGAGGAGGAAGUUUUGCCUAUGGCAAUAAACGACCAUAUCCUUAAUUGUGUUGAAGACACACCUCUAGAGAAACCUGUUUUGGAGGAGAUAGAGCCCACUACCUACCCCCAAGAUUCCAACGUUCAAGAGUCUGAGGAGGAAUCUAUAGACAAAGAAAUUCCUAGCACAGAGGAACCAAUAACGUCUAUAGAUAAUCAUGCUUCAUCAGAAGACUUAGACCAAACUUUCUUUGACUCCCUACUUGACGGGUGUGACUUUGUCUGCCCGAAAGAUAGUUGGAGUCAAAAGAGUUGGGAUGAACUUCUGGUAAGUGACACCGAAGACUCUUCCUUGGGGGAGGGUACGAUCAUAAUCAUCAAACCACAAAUGGAUAGUCAGCCAAUUGAAGGUAAAGAAGAAAUCAAUUUCGCAAUCAAGGCUAAUGAUGUGGAUCUAUUGAGGAGACUUCCGCCCCCACCCACCUAUACAAAGUCUCCUCCAUAUAUCAUGUUGCCACCAAGCCGCAGGGAUGAGUCAAGGAUCCUGGACCUUGACUGAGCAAAAAUUCAAACAGGGUGGCAUCAGAAGAGAGUUAGAAGGGCCAAACUUUAUGACUCUCGG